CUUAUUGCGUGUUGGACUGAAGGCACGCCGCUUCCUUUCCUCAACUCCCAAUGUUGUAUUAGAGCCGCACUUCUACGCUGCAGCUGGCUAGUCGUUAGUUGUAGGCCAGCAGGCGCGGACGGGGAUUUCUCUUUCCUGCAGACUCGCUUUCAUCUCGCAUCUCGCACCAUGCUGGGCCUCAACAUGUCGAAAGAUUUGGCUCGCAAGAUCCUGGCGCCGAGCAGGACGAUUGCUUUUCGUCACAGAAGCACUGAGCACAUUACAGAAGACUACAUCGACAGGACCAAUAAUGUGGUGCACUCGCCGUUCUCAGGCGUUGUCGUGCCCAAGUUGAACGUGUCCGACUAUAUUUGGAGAAACUCGGACCGAUGGAAACACUGGCCAGCAGUGACGUGUGCGGUGACAGGCCGCAGUUUCUCGUUCUGCGAGGCGCGGGCGGCGGCCGAACGGCUGGGGAUCGCGUUGCCAGCCACCCUCGGCCUCAGACAGGGUGACGUCGUGGGGGUGGUCAUGCCGAACAUGCCUGAGUACGCCAUCACAUUCCUGGGACUCGCGUCUGCCGGAAUCAUCGUCAGCCCCGCUAACCCAUUGUACACUGCAGAGGAGCUGGCGCGCCAAUUUGAGAACUGCGGUGCCAAGGCGGUAGUGACCACCCCCGAGCACUUCACCAAAGUGCAAGAAGCCCUCUCCAAGGUACCUGGUGGUGGAGGGCCCAUCGUGGUGACAACCGGCGGUCCGGAAGGCAACGACAUUUUCAGCCUUGACGAGCUUAUGGAGCGCGAGUUCAGCAGGCGGACGCCGCGAUUCGACCGUCCCGACCCGGACAGCAUCGUUGCACUGCCGUACUCGAGCGGAACCACCGGAUUGCCCAAGGGGGUGGUCAUUCUGCACCGCAAUAUGGUUGCCAACCUGUGCCAAUUGGAGCACCCAAACGUUCUCAGCUUCCCACCGCACGGAGCCCCUCAAGAUGUAACGGUCGGUGUGCUACCAUUUUUCCACAUCUACGGCUUGAAUGGGCUUUUGAAUAUCAGCUUGAGCAUAGGCCGCCAUACGAUCACCAUUCCUAAGUUUGAGCCGAAAGUUUUCGCUUCGAUUUUCACCAAAUACAAGCCCAGCGUUUUGGCUCUUGUUCCGCCGCUUGUUAUGUACCUGACGCAGUCUGAGUUGGUCACCAGUUCCGACCUAUCUCGAGUCCGUUUUAUCAGCUGUGGUGCUGCCCCAGCAACGAAGUCAUUGAUAGAGCAGUUUAUGAUUAAGGCAAAUUGUCCGGAUCUGGAUUUUAGAGAAGGAUAUGGUUUGACUGAAACUUCAUGCGCAGCUACGUUCAGGCCUUCAUGGUCGGGCGAUGACAAGAUUGGCUCGUGCGGGUUGCCGGUGUCCCUGACAGAAGUAAAAAUCGUGGAUGAACAGGGCCAGGCACUGACGCUGGGACAGACCGGGGAGCUGUGGCUGCGAGGGCCGCAGGUCAUGCAAGGCUACUUCCGGAACGAGAAGGCAACCAAGGAGACCCUGACCGAUGAUGGCUGGCUUAUGACCGGGGACAUUGCAUACCUAGACAAUGACGGCUACGUUUUCAUCGUGGACAGACUAAAGGAGCUAAUCAAAGUAAAAGGACUGCAGGUGUCUCCGACUGAGCUGGAGGGAAUCCUGAGGAAAAUGGAUGGUGUUGCUGACGUCGCGGUGCUCGGCGUUCCCGACCAACGCGCUGGAGAGGUGCCAAAAGCAUUUGUAGUGGUGAAAGAAGGCAGCACCAUUGCAGAAAACGAUGUGGCGGCCUUUGUCGAGGCUCGGGUCGCUGAAUUCAAGAGACUGGCCGGCGGUGUCAAGUUCAUCAAAGAAAUCCCGAAAAACGCGGCAGGAAAAAUUCUGAGGAAGAACUUGAAGAGCCUUUUGUGAUCAGACUCUACACUUACUGUUACCCCGCCAGUGAUUCAUAUUAUAAUCAUCAUCAAAAUAAUAAGCAUAGUGUAUUUUCAUAAGAA